AUGGGAAAUAUGAUAAAGAAGGCAUCUUUAAUAGCCCUCCUACCGCUGUUCACCGCCGCAGCCGCUGCAGCUACUGAUGCGGAGACAUCUAUGGAAUCUGGGAGUUCUUCACAUUUGAAGUCUUUUUUAAUGUCCGUUUCUAUGAUUGGGCUUUCUGAAAUUGGUGACAAAACCUUCUUGAUCGCAGCCUUGAUGGCAAUGCGUCACAAAAGAGUUCUGGUGUUCUCAGCAGCAGCUACCUCCCUCGCUAUUAUGACCAUCCUUUCUGGUGUGGUGGGUCAUUCAGCCGUUGCUUUUCUUUCUGAACGCUAUACAGCAUUUUUUGCAGGUAUUUUAUUCUUAGUGUUCGGUUACAAAUUGACUAUGGAAGGUUUGGAGAUGUCUAAGGAUGCAGGUGUUGAGGAGGAAAUGGCUGAAGUGGAGGAAGAAAUUGCCAUUAAAGACAUGAACCAGGAUAUGGAUGAUGUUGAAAAAGGAGGCGACACUGCGUAUGAUAAACAGCUGAAGAACGCUUCGAUUGGUAAAAAAAUAGUGCACAGGAUUCGCGAAUUAGCAUCAUUUAUGUUUUCCCCAGUUUGGGUUCAAAUUUUCCUGAUGGUUUUCCUAGGCGAGCUAGGUGACCGUUCACAAAUUAGUAUUAUUGCCAUGGCUACUGACAGCGACUAUUGGUAUGUUAUUGCAGGUGCUGUUAUUGGUCAUGCCAUUUGCUCUGGAUUAGCAGUGGUGGGUGGGAAAUUAUUGGCAACAAGAAUUAGCAUAAGAACAAUCACUCUUGCUAGCUCGUUGUUAUUCUUCAUUUUCGCCUUGAUGUAUAUAUAUCAAGCAUUCACAACUCAGGAUUGA